AAUAGAGAAGAGUAUGUUUUGAUGAAUGGUGGGGGUUUUCUACCAUUAAGGUCACAGGGAGCUAGGCUGUUUGCUUAGCUAGGAACAGCCAUGAGUAUAAAGGUAAAUGGAUGUAUAACAUGAGGUUGUCAUAAGACAUCGCGGGUAUGAAGGUAGGUAGGUUAGGAGGCAGGUUGUGUGCUUAGGUAGAAAUCUAGGCUAAAUCAUGCUCGUGGUUAUAAUUGCUGGUUUUUACUUGCCAAAACAUUUGAUUUUAAUGGUUGACUCUGCAGAUGUGAAGAUGUGGGCCGUGCUGGGGGUGGUCUUUCUGUGCCACUGUGUGCUUGGACAGCUGCUGAAAGGAGCGCCGCGUCUGAUCUGCAGCGUACCCGGGUCAUCGGGCCCGCCAGGCAAACCCGGCCCGAGUGGGUCCCCGGGCGGAGACGGGCACGUGGGUAUCCCCGGCAGAGAUGGUAGAGACGGCAGGAGGGGGGAAAAGGGAGAGAAGGGAGACCCAGGUUUAAAGGGCAGAGUGGGUCCCACGGGUAAGAUUGGCGAGCGAGGUGAGCGCGGCGCUGCAGGCAAACGAGGCCCCGUAGGGGAGAACGGUGACGUUGGCCCGCCGGGCGCCACCGGCCGUGACGGUGAGAAAGGACAAAAGGGUCAACGCGGGAUUCGUGGGACUGCGGGAAAAUGCGAAUGUGGGAGCAUCACGCCCAAGUCAGCCUUCUCUGCGGGAAUCACGAGCAGCUACCCAGCGGAGAACACGCCCAUUAAGUUCAACAAGGUGCUUUUUGACGAGGGCGGCCAUUACAAGCCACAGACAGGCAAGUUCAUCUGUGCCUAUCCUGGCAUUUAUUACUUCUCCUACGACAUCACGCUGGCGGACAAACACUUGGCCAUCGGUCUGGUGCACAACGGACAGUAUCGCAUCAAAACAUUCGACGCCAACACAGGGAACCACGAUGUGGCUUCUGGGUCCACUGUGAUGUACCUGAACUCUGAAGAUGAGGUGUGGGUGGAGAUCUUUUACCACGACCAAAACGGUUUAUUUGCUGACCCAGGUUGGGCUGACAGCUUGUUCUCGGGCUUCCUGCUCUACGCUGACACCAACUAUUUGGACACAGUGGCAGAGGACGGUGUAUAAAAACCUGGGUAUCCUGGGAUAUGUAACAAACUGCUAAUCAUUGCGGGUUUUAAUGGUUUUAGCAUGUAUGACAUACUACUAUGAAAUAUGUUCAUGAGUGACAUAUCUAUUGAGGUACAUUAUCCAAUAAAGCUUGAAUAGACAUUGUUUGACACUUGAACUUCAAUUUGCAUUAAAACAACGAAUAAAGUUUUACA